GGCUCCCAGUCAAUAGAGGGACUUCUUCAAAAGUCAGAAGAUGUUAUACCAGAAAAUAGGAGGAAACAUACCCCUGUGGCACUUAAAGCAACAGCUGGCUUAAGACUGCUUCCAUCAAACUCUUCUAAUCAAUUACUAGAGGAGGUGCGAAGGUUGUUUCAAGAAUCACCGUAUCAUUUUUCUCAAGAGAGUAAUGUUGACAUUAUGGAUGGAACUGAUGAAGGGCUGUUUGCUUGGAUUACAGUGAAUUUUUUGUUAGGUGGCCUUAAAAGAGACAGUUCAAAAUUAUUUGGAACCCUGGAUCUUGGAGGUGGAUCAACUCAAAUCACACUGUGGCCUGUUGAUCAGUCUUUUUCUCUUUUACAUGAAUUAGUUGGUGCCAAUGUCAGACUCAGUCCAUGUAUUCAUUACAACUACAGAGGAAGCUGGAAAUUUGGCAUUCAUCAAAGUAUUAAUUUUAGUGGUGACAAUAGAUAUGGAUACUUUGGAUGUUUGGAGGAUGUCAAGAAAGCUGUUGCUAAAUUCAAAGUUCAUAAACCAGUUGGCAUUGACCCAGUACCAAUGUACGCCUUUUCAUACUACUAUGAGAGAGCAGUGGACUUGGGGCUAAUCCAUUCGGAGAAAGGUGGAAUAAUCACUGUUGGUCAAUUUCAAGAGGGUGCUAAACAAGCUUGUUUGCAGGAAUUAAAGAUGUCACCCUACCUUUGUUUGGAUUCCACUUACAUAGUAGCCCUUUUAAUGGAGGGAUUUGGUUUCACAGAAGAUAGAAAAUUGACUCUUCAAAAGAAAAUCGAUGGGGUUGAAGUUAGUUGGGCGUUAGGAGCGACUCUUAAUCUGUUCGAGAAAAUGACAUAACUUCAGGAGAAGAGUUAUCUGCAUCGAGUGGUUGAGCCGAGUUUUUCCUGCUGUUCCACAGAUAGUGACUGCUUUCAAGUUGUGAAUUGAAAGAUAUUUAAUGAUAGCAUCUUUUUUCUACUACUAGGGUCUUGAUCGGCAAUUAUUCGGUUUGUACAAUAGGAAUAGGAAUUAGGGACACUUUUCAAAUCCACUGGCGCAAUUUCAUCAUCGUUUCAACAACUUUUUACAAAUUAACUGGGAUACUGUGUGCGACAAGUAACAUUCACUCAUUUAUUCAUUCACAACACUGAUAAAAUAUCGGGACCUAAACGAUCCAUUAAGAUCACCCAUCACUUCACGUGCA